GCUACAUAUUUGUCAAAGCCUCGCCAGGUCUAGCGCACCAACCUUGUGCCCACCCUUGACCCAUAAGAGCAUCUGUUCGGCCGCUCCCCGUAGAACCAGGCCCCUUCACUUCUAGUCUUCUCUCGCUGGACUACUCUUUGCCAAAGCCCCUUCGUUCACCCUGCUACAGUACGACGAUGGCCUUCACCAGCUCUGCCAAUGCCUUUGGUGGCCUCUUCAAAAGAGCUGGAGCUGGAGCUGGAGCUGGCGGUGCUAGCGGAGGAGGAGGAGGUCACGGUGGUGGACACUCUGAGGGUCCAGGUCCCGCUGAUUUCGAGAACGUGGACGUCCAGCACUUCCUUGGCUGGAUCUGGGUCGCCUUUGUCUGCGUCUUCUUCCUCUACCAACUCAUCUUCCACUUUGUGCGCUACAUCCGUACGAUUGCAUGCCUCAACAACGAUUCCCAGCGGUACUUUGCAACGCCCCAUGCACUGUUUGCCAACUUUAAGAAGCACUUCCUGGAUGCGCCGCUCUUUCGACAACGCCAUCACCGCGAGUUCAAGCUUUCGAGCGCUAUCAACAUCGGCACCCUUCCCAGCCGUUUGCAGACGCUGAUGCUUGUUGGAUACUUCGGGACCAACGUCGGCUUCACCGUCUGGAGCAUCGACUUCAGCCAGGACUACUCGACCGUUGCUGGCGAGUUCCGCAACCGCACCGGUGUCAUGGCAGUCAUCAACAUGAUUCCCCUGUUCCUGCUUGCUGGUCGCAACAAUCCCGUCAUCAAGCUUACAGGAAUCUCGUUCGAUACCAUGAACCUGAUCCACCGCUGGUUUGGACGGAUUGUUGUGCUCGAAGCUGUUUGCCAUGCUGCAGCCUGGAUGGCGUCGAAGGUGCACACAAAGGGAUGGGGUGCCGUUCAAGCAUCAAUCACCGGGAGUCAAUUCAUUAUGACGGGUUUCAUGGCCACCGUUGCUUUCGUUUUCCUUCUCAUCCAGUCGCCAUCUGCCAUCCGGCACUCCUUCUAUGAGACCUUCUUGCACGGCCACAUUGUCGGUGUAGCGAUCGCAGUCGCUGGCGUAUGGAUUCACCUUGAUGGACGGCCCCAGCAGCGGAUGAUGUACGGUGUCGUAGCAUUGUGGGCUUUCGAGCGAACGUUCCGCCUGGUUCGCCUCAUUAUGCGCAAUGUUGGAAAGGGUGGCACCAAGGCCGACGUCGAGGUCCUACCCGGCGAUGCACUCCGCGUUACAGUCCGAAUGGCUCGCCCCUGGACCUUCCGUCCCGGUCAGCAUGCAUACCUGCACAUGCCGUCUGUCGGCCUCUGGACCAAUCAUCCGUUCUCACUUGCUUGGAGCGACGAAGAGGAGGACCUCAACAUCACCUCCAUGGUGGCCGACGAGAAGGGUCUCCCAAUGAACCGCCAAGACAUUCUGGAGUACCGCAAAACGAGCAUGUCCUUCAUUAUUCGACGACGCACAGGCUUCACCGAGAAACUUUACAAGAAGGCGGAUCUCUCUGCAGCUGGUAAAUUUACCACUACGGCAUUUGUCGAGGGGCCUUAUGGUGGCGAAGAUCUCAGUUCGUAUGGUACCGUCAUGCUCUGGGCUGCAGGUAUUGGUAUCACGCACCAGGUUCCUCACGUGCGCGAGCUUGUUGCUGCUUACGCCAACGGUACCUCCGCCACGCGCCGGCUUACUCUGGUCUGGAUCAUCCAAUCUCCGGAGCACCUCGAAUGGAUCCGGACAUGGAUGACGCACAUUCUUUCCAUGCCACGCCGCCGCGAGAUCCUCAAGAUCCUUCUCUUCGUUACACGGCCAAGGAGCACCAAGGAAAUUCAUUCGCCAUCCUCCAGCGUACAGAUGUUUCCCGGCCGACCGAAUGUGCAGGCCCUUAUCGACCAAGAGAUGCAGGAAGGCAUUGGCGCCGCGUGUGUGUCAACGUGUGGCACAGGAUCGCUAGCAGACGAGCUCCGACGCGCGGUGCGCAGCCGCGAGACUCACUGGAAUGUCGACUUCCGCGAGGAAUGCUUCUCGUGGUAAACAACAAUCCUUACCCUCGCACACUCCUGUCUUGACGACAGCAUGGCCUGCAUACAAGUCAUGACAUAUCCUCUCACGAAUGAACUUCAUCUCCGUGGUUCCAAUCUACUCUUUCGAAAUCUUUCUGCCAUUUACUGGGAUCAUAAGCGUUCAUGUUGGCGACAUGUUCAACAGAACAUGUCGCUGGGGUUUA